ACUACGGGAUUUAAUGUUUAGGCCGUAUGAUGUGCUUAAUUAAGGAAAAUAUUUAUUACAAAACAUGUGGGGUUCAGUACUUUAGUAAACAUUUCUAAAACUACUCGUUACAUCCGACUAAGUAAAAAAUGUCUCUCAAAAAUCUGACAAAUUCAACUUUAAACGAAACGCAAACAGUAGACUGUGGAUCAGAAGGAUUGGAAUACUUAACUAGUUUAUUAGUAUUUCUUUCUGUCAUUCCAUCUGUCAUUAUAUUAAGUGUGCUGUCUCUACUAGAGAAGAGAACCUCUUGUUUGACCAACGUGUGUUACAGUCGUCCUGGAGUCGCAAGACCACUUCGAUUUUUGGACGAGCGGAGAAAUAAAUGGGGUAUUGUUUUCGGAUUUGGAUCACUGACAUCAAUAGUUCUACAAUAUAUCAUGGUACCUCUCGGUAACCCACAAUCUGCAUGGGAGAAAGUUCUAUGGUCUUACUUAAGCACCAUAGUCCUCUCUCUGGCGAUGUACCCUGUGUUUGCUUGUCUGACGACACCACACCGUUUAGCCGGUGGUAUCUUGGGGUUACUGUAUUCCCUUUUAUGGCUCGCGAUGCAAAUUUUUUGCACAUUCGUUCGGUGGUCUGUAGACGUAUGCCUUACGCAGAACAGCGCCGUCAAGCAUUUUGAAUACCUGAUACCCUUCGAAGAAAUACCAACUUUGGUGUUUAGCGUACUGGUCGUUCUGAAAUUCUGUUGGAAACUUGUUCAAACAUUGAAAACGAGGAGUUCAAAGGUCGAAACGAUGUGUACAAAAAAACAGAGGGACUAUGUGAAACAUUUGAUAGCCAAGAUAUCAGAAAAUAAUGCAAGUAUACAACAGACCAUCUCUGAUGCAUUUGAUCUUUCUAUGCCAAUACUUAUUGGAGUUGUAUCUGCAGCUGUCGUUACAUAUCAGGUGGUGGUUGAAGCUUUCGGUUUGACGUACAGAUUUCUUCAGGAAUGGAGUGAUCAAUCGGAUUUUGAACAGCUUAUUAAAUAUAUUUUCGGCAAGUACUUGUGCGCGAGCUCGUGCGCUGUCUUGGUUGUGAUCGUUAUAGCUAUAAGCAACAGCUAUUAUCUCAUCAAAAGCUACAGGCGUCACAUCAAGAUGUUACACUCUGGUGACAGAAGUUUCUUGCCGAAGUCUUUCCGUAACUGUUCACCGGCUAAAUACCAGCACAGUUCCACGCGCUUUGUUGGGUAUUUUAUGAUUGGUGCUUUUUAUAAUACAUUGAUCAAUUACAUUAUACUUAGCGUUGCUUUAUUCUGCACGAUAGCUAUUUUGGACUUAGCACGACAAGAACAUUUAUUCAUGGAGCUGCUUUCUCGAUGUGAUGUAUUAGUCUACCCUGUAAUUGCGAUCGUCAUCAUCCAGAUUCAAAUAGUUUUGGUUAAGAAGCUUUUUGUGAGUACUGAGGAUGGAGCUGAAGGAUAUUUGAUUAACAACAGGAAAGCAUUCGAUGUGGUGUCGUUCUUUAUGCUAUUCCUUAACGCAGGAAUUGGAGUAUUUGCUUACUUUAAACGGAUUGCUACCGGCGCAGGUCUUGGUCUUUUCCUGCUCGGGAGAAUGGACACAUGUUUAUUAAUGUCUGGGUUUGAAUCGUUUGAUAUAUGUUAUGGUGCUUAUAUCGGAAUGAUUGUGGUAGAUGCUACAAACAAUAACCCCGCCAUGAGAGUGUUCUGUGACCUAAUUUACGAAACAAUUCAGAACAAAAAGUUGGAGAAUCCAGCUUUCCAACUGAGUAGCGGUAGAUCCAAAUAUCCCAAUAGGAUAAGAACAAAAUGGCUUCUGGCAUUUACGCUUGCAAGGAAUAAAAGCCUUUUGAAAUUUCGGAAAGAGAAAGUCAUUGACAGUAACCAUCAGCUUGGGGUUAAUCUUAGUAUCCAAAACAACGAAAUGACAGAAACGCAAAGUAUAGGGAAGAUUGCUCGAUUCACUGGAUUCUGCAAACAGAUCAGCUUGCCAGAACAUACAGUGACCUACAUGGCUCUUGUCGUUGUCGGUUUCAGUGGUCUUAUAAUUUAUACCGGAGGUCCAAUUUUGAUAAAGCGACUCUUUUAAGUUCGUCCGAAGACUGGCUUAUAUCUAACUUUAAAUACUUGAAACAAACAAUUUGCAAGCAUAAAAACAUAAUUAUACAAAUAAUUGACAAAUGUACGACUUAAAACAAAUAAAAACACAAUACAGCAUGUAAACAUGUUACACGUAUUUGUCCAUUGUACGCAAUAAAAAAAAUCUUAAACAUAAUUUCCGUUUGACAAGAUGCUUUAUGACAGAUGUCAAAAUGCAAUAUUUCUAUACAUAAUUAUUCUACUUCGCUUUUUGAAGUAUUGUUUGUU